AGGUGUAACGCUUCAUGCAUAUGCAAGACUUAGCAAAAGAGCUAGGUAUUGCCGGUCCAAGGGAGGAACUGUGUUUACAAUGGACAGAUGAUAUUAAACAAAAUGAAACGAAUUCUCAAUCUGUUGCCCUGUACAUUUCCGCACAGCUACCUAACGCAAGGAAAUUGUAUAUGAAAAAUGUGCAUACCAUAACUGCACUUAAGCUUCCUGUACCAUCAUUAGACUUAGCUACCAUAUCUGCUCGAGGACAUCUAAAAGAUCUACCAAUUGCUCCAUAUACUGCGGAACGAGCACGGAUUCUUAUUAGCUUGGACAAUUUAAAGCUUAUUAUUCCCUCAGAAACUAGACAAAGGGAAGGUGAUGAACGCGUUGCAGCCCGAUGUAAAAUUGUUUGGUCUGUAGUCUGCUGGUAUUCGAGAAACUGCACCACUGGUUUCAAAGGAAGACGAUCGCUCGCAGCGCAUAAUGUCGGCUACAACAAAAUACCUUCCUCUGGAGAAACGAUGGGAAACUGGACUUCUGUGGAAGCACGAUGAAGAAGAGGUACCUGAUUCCCUGGCACGUCGGCGUUUACAAUGCCUUGAGGCUAAAAUGUCUCGUAAUUCCGACUUAAAAGAAUUUAUGAUUAACACCAUCCACGAUAAUGAGCACAAGGGGUAUGUAAGAAGAUUGAAGGGAAAUGAAAUUUCCAUGGGUGGCAAAGCCUGUGGUGCGAUUCAGUACGCGAUUUUAACAACCCUUGUUAUUGUUAAGUCAGCUAAACGACAAUUUUAACAACUUAGCUAUUCAGCAAACGUUUCCCUAACAACAUUCGUUAGCGCGAAAUCAGCUGUUGUCGUUAACGAUAACAAAGGCCGCUAAUUUGACGACGUCUAUAUUGGUGUUGUUAAUGAAACCUAAAAGGUACGUUCUACAAUUUUUUCGUAUGAAAAUAAAUGCACAGCACCGCUAGGAAAAAAAAAUAUCAAAAAUGAAAGGAUUUUUCAGCAACUUCAA